AUGGAAGGAGAAGCUGCUGCAGCCAUCCUUCAAGUUCUUGUUCAAAACCUCAUCGACCAUUCCAAGAAAGAAAUCUCACUAAUCCGAGGUCUCGACAAAGAAGCAGCAAAGCUUACCGACAGUCUCGACACCAUCCAGAAAUUCCUCAACGACGCCGAGGCGCGCACCGUCCCCGGCGACGCCGUCAAGAGCUGGCUGAGGCGGCUCGAAGACGCGGCGUUCGACGCCGACAACGUCUUGGAUGAGCUCAACUACCAUCUCCUCUCCAAACAAAACAAGCCCAUCAAACCCAUGAAGGCGAAGGUACUAUCAUGCUUCUCAUCAUCCUUCAAUUCUAUUGCACGACCAAGAAAUAUGGCUGUUAGAAUCCAAGAAAUCAAUGAGAAUUUGGACUCCCUUCACAAAGAGGGAGCUGGGCUUGGCCUCAAAGAGAGGCUUUCCGAUGAGCCCACUUUGCGUGAUGCUGCUGAUUUUGAAACUGAUUCAUUCACUUUUAUUCCGAUUUUCAUUGGAAGAGAUGAUGUGGUGUCGGAAAUAGUUGAGAUGGUUACUACGGGAAUGAAAGCUGAUGAACGUGUGAUUUCCAUCGUUCCCAUCGUGGGAAUGGGUGGAUUGGGGAAGACGACGUUGACUAGGAAAGUCUUGGAUCAUCUGAAGACGGAGACUCGUGUGUUUGAAUCUCAUAUUUGGGUGCAUGUUUCUCCAAAUUUUGAUCCAACAACUCUUUUCAAGAAAAUUCUGAAAGAGUUGACUUCUGAUCAAGCUGAAGUUGAGAGUAAGCAAGAAAUUCUUUCAAAGCUUCAAAAAGCUCUAAAAGAUAAAACUUAUCUUCUUGUCCUUGAUGAUGUGUGGAAUGAAAAUCUUUCGAAAUGGGAAGAUUUUAUCAAUUCCUUGUUGGGAGUUACUUCUGUCAAAGGAAAUGCAAUUGUUGUUACCACCAGAAAUAUGGAAGUGGCUUCAAUUGUGAAUCCACUUCAUACACAUGAGUUGAAAGGCUUAUCAGAGGAAGAUUGUUGGUCGAUAAUCAAAGCUAAAACCUUCGGAGAAGCAAAUGUUCCAUCAGAAUUUGAGACUAUUGGGAGAAAGAUUGCAAGAAGAUGUCGAGGUCUACCAUUAGCUGCCAACGUAGUUGGGGGAGUUCUGCGCAAUAAAUCUGAGGAAAAGUGGCUCUCAAUCGAAGAGAAAUGGCUGUCACAUGAGGAAGGAGAUAACAUCACAAAGAUAUUGAGGCUGAGCUUCGAUAACUUGUCUCCAUCACCACUUCACUUAAGAAGUGCUUUGCAUACUGUUCCAUUUUUCCUAAAGGCAGUCAGAUCAAGAAGCAGGGGCUGA